AUGCUUGUGCUUAAUAUAAUUGAUGCACUCUUGAAGCGACCAGAUCUGUCGGUCGACAUGGGUCAGGAUGUUCCAUCGCUACAACCCGGCUCCAACGUCAUUAUUCCACGCAUUGGCGUGGUGGCACAUCGCUUUGCGAUGGCUUCGGCAUAUGCGCUCCUCAUUUUGACGACGGUCGUCAUCCUGGUUUGUUUUGGACAAAGACAGGACCAGGAAGCCACAGCGCAUUUGGUACCACUCGAAGCCAAUGCUGAUACUCUCGUCUAUCUUCAAGUGGUACGUAUCUGUUUCAAUAUACGCCUUCGUUUUCAAUUACUCUGGUCAGAUUUUGGAGUCUUUGUUUUGCAUUAUGUUUCCUUUUACGUUUUUUAUUAA